AUGGAUGCAAUGGAGCUUCCUCUCCCGCCCAACUCGCACCUGCAGGCGGUGCUCCUGGUGACCAAGUCGCGCUCGCUGGGCCCGCGCCUUGUCUUCCACUACCCGCCCAUCUCGCCGUCGGCCGCGGCUCUUUUGGCGACCAAGGCACCCGCCUGGUUUGGCAACGACACGACAACGGGCAGCAUCGACGAGUCCAACGCCUCGGACAGCGAUUGGGACAGUAGCACCGAACCGGAUGGUGCCGAUGACGACAAUGAGGCUGGCAGCAGGGCAAGCGGGGGACGGGGGUCUGGGCGAACCGCUGCGAGCCACCGCGACCGAGAUAAGCUGCGGCCUGCUGCGGGCGCCUGGGGCAGGCAGGAGAGCUUCGACGAGGACGAUGUCGAAGGCCACGGCGACGGCGACGGCGUCGAGGUCGACAAGGACGGGAAGCAUAAGGGCGGCGACCGUGACUGGGAGACAGUGCUGGGCUUCAAGGUCGACGCCCUGGAGAAGAUGCUGUGCCCCACCAAGGCCUUCAACAAGAGGCGCUUCGAGCUCGGCGUCGAGAGCAUCGUCUUCGUAGGCGCUCCCAUGUUCGUGAGGGACGACGGCCUGUGGAAGAAGCGCAAGAAGAGGCGGAACCGCUCGCAAGAGGAGCGCCUACUUGAGGGCGACUUACUGGCCAACCUCACCGCCAAUGCUUCGGACCAACAAGAGAGUUCGCGGGAUGACAAGCGGCCAGAGAAGAAAGAUGUCUUUGUACUUCCCCCAGGUUUUGAGGCUGGCUAUGGCCACGACAUGGACUCUGCAGUGCCUUCGGCCGCGGCGUCUGACGUUGGGUCCGACGUCAAGAGUGAUUCCACCACGAACAACACCCCUGACAUGUCCAUGUUUAACGUUGUAUUUGUGCUUAAUCCACCCGCUUUAGAACACCAGAUGCGUGUCAAAGACAUGUAUGACAACGUGACCAAGAAGUACGCCAAGGCGCUAAAGUACGAAGAAGCACGAUUUCAGUAUGUGUGGAAGGAGUCGAAACGUAUCAUCGACAUCAAGCAGCGCGCAAAGGAAAACGGGGAGUCUUUGACAGCAACGUGGAGGAAGAUCAUCAGCACAUCACCGUUAGCGAAGUCACUUGCCACCAUGUUCGAUGCCAUCUCGACAGACAAGAUUGCCCAUAUCCACUUUGACGCGAGCUUCAACACGUCGUUCCAGAUUCCUCAAGCGGAUUCCACACCUUACCUGCCAAAUGCAAUGGAACCUCAAAUGCCCGGUCUCUGGCUGACAACCUCCAAUGUAGUAAUCGAUGAUGAACCCGAAGCUCCCAUGACCCAGCACGCGGCUCUCUUACUCCUCCAGGACCCCGAAGUCAUUCUCAAAGACCUCCAAGCCGAGAAGGCGAACGCCGCAGCUCUCUCUUUCUAUAUCCGCACUAUCGUGCCCACCAAGUCACUGCUGAAGAUCUCACUCAAACACAAUAUCGAUGCGCAGGAUAUGGAAUACAUAGCCAGCCACUUGGUAUACUGGCGUCGCGCAAGACUGAUAACCCCCUUACACCCACGAGACACCUACAUCGUGUCUCCCAACGCUGACUUGUCGACUCUACAAACUGCUAUGGUGGCAUAUGCGCAACGCUUCCCGACCCUCCCUAGCUUACCAAAGAUGCUCAGCCUGCUAUCUCAAAAGCCUAAAGAAUAUCGAUAUUUGAUACCUACAGCUGAGCAUCGGGAUGCGUACAUGGAUAUCCUCGCCUGGCUCAUGCGCGGCGGCUGGGUUACGCAGCUUCGCACCUUUGCCUGGGUGCGCGUUAGCCCUGAAAUCAAAGCACAAGUCGCAGCCGAUAUGGAGCAUGAGGAGCGCAUGAAGAAAGACCUGCAGGAUAACGAAUCGCUUGCAGGCUCUCUGCGCUCGGACAAACGGUCAAGUUUCCUGUCGGCGGGCACAGUUGUUGGAGGCGCGCGACCUGGAACACCUCUUCGAAAGACUCGACGCGAUAGAGAGGGGGAUGAAGAGAUGGAUGCCAGUACGAUACUUAGUCCGCGUAUUGCAGCCAACAGCAGCGGUCCAGGCUGGAGAGGUAGUCCUGCGCGCGCAUCCAGCGACGCUGGGAGCGCUAGCUCUGCACGCACAACCAUACCCUACAAUGGAGUUGGCCGUCCUACAUCACCCUUACAAGUUCCUUAUCCGCUCCCACCAUCAGCCAUGAAUUUACCUCAUCGCCCCUCUCCUUUGCAUCUGAAAUCGCCGUCACCUUCACGUGCAUUACCCUUUUCACCAACCUCGCCGACGCAAACCACUAAUCAGCCUCCGCCAUCUCCACCGCCUUCACCAGAGCAUUUUACAGCCUCCUUAAUCCUCUGUCCGCAAAGAGCAAACGCCGUAGAGGCAAGAUGGCUAGAAGCUAUUGGCAAGAGAUUUACAGACGCAGAUCUGAGGGCGCACUGGAGCACACUUUUGAAGUACUUUGAUGGGAAGCAUGCUGUUGAAGAUAUCUGCCCGAGGGAGGGCUUAAAGAGAAAGAGGGUAGGUGCGAUGAUGCAGGGGAUCAGGGAGGGCGAUUGGCUAGUUGUUGUGCGGCAUUGGUAG